CGCAAUCGACCUUCGUUCCGUUUCGCAUAACUUCGAAUCUCUCUCCGGUUUGCCUAAUUGCUCCGGCGUCGUUUUCUGUUCCCGCUUUCAAGUCUCUCCUCCCUCAUCAUCAAAAGAACAAUUCUCAAUCGCAGCUCAAAUAGUCGUCGAUUCCACGUGUCGAAUUCUAAGCAUUGCCGCUGGUUUCUUUGGUAACAAAACCGAUUCUACGAUUCUUAAGGCUUCGAGUUUGUUCGAUGACAUAAACGAAGGAACUCUUUUGAAUGAUCCUUCUGUUAACGGUGUUAAUCAGUAUUUGAUUGGUGAUUCUGGGUAUCCUUUACUUCCUUGGCUUAUGGUACCUUUUGCUAACAAUGUAAAUGUUUCUGGUUUUGAAGAGAAUUUCAAUGCUGCUCAUGAAUUAAUGCGGAUUCCGGCAUUCAGAACCGAUGCUAGUUUGAGGAAAUGGGGUGUUUUGAGUGGACCGGUUCGCGAGGAAGUUAAGAUGGCUGUGGCUUAUAUCGGUGCAUGUUCGAUUCUUCAUAAUGGUUUGUUGAUGAGGGAGGAUUUUUCUGCUUUGGCUAGUGAGUUUGAACAUCAGAGAAAUGGUGGGGACUCUUGUUCUGUAUUGGAGGAUGAUCCUUUAACAGAGAAGGCUUUGGUGAUGAGGACAAAAUUGGCUACCAUGGCAAAGAAAAUUAGUUAGUUCAGAAUUCAGAUUCUUAAAUUGGGUGGGGGAUAAAGAUGGAGCGCAUGAACUACUUGCGUCCAAUCUUGUGGCUAGCUGAUCCUAUUCAGUACAAUCCACCAAUCCUAUAAUGUCCUCCAAAGUCACGAAGUGCUUUUAUGUGUUUGUGGCAUCAUGGUUUCGUGCGGCAGUCAAUGGACAAUGGUUAUAUGGACAUGUAUGGGUGACUUUUGUAGCUUUCAGUCAGUAGAGGAACCUCUUCUAGUGGGCCCUUUUCAACGUCGGUCUCUUUGGGUGGCUAUGCUGAGCUAAUGAGAUAUAGUCCUUAAACUUUGUUUAGAUUAGUAAACUCAUUAGAAGAAGAGAAAAGAAACCAUCGGAAUUUUUUUUUUCCAACCCUUUUUUUUAAGUAAAUUUUAGAGGUAAAUAAAGUCUGAUAAAAAAAUUUUCAAUUAAA